UCCUUGUUUAAGAGCAGUGAAGUCUUUGUCUUCCAUUUUUUCUGCCAUGGCUGUUUGCUUGAACAUUAUCGUCGCUGUAUGUGAAAACCAGGGUAUUGGUAAGGGCGGAGAGCUGCCAUGGAGACUCAGAGAAGAGAUGAAACAUUUCAGCCGCAUCACAAAGAGGACAAGUGUUGCUGAGAAACAAAACGUGGUGUUGAUGGGACGCAAGACUUGGGAGUCCAUUCCUAUCAAGUUCCGUCCUCUUCCUGGUCGUCUUAAUAUGGUAUUGACCACAAAGGCCAAGAGCACCCCGAGCCUCUUCACUAACAGUAUCUGUUGUAGCAACUUUGACGAAGCAUUGUCCAAGGCCAAAGAUCGCAGUAAACAGAUUGAGACUGUUUGGGCCAUCGGAGGCUCAUCAAUAUAUGAAAUGGCUCUUGAGUCAAAACACCUUCACAGGAUCUACCUAACACGGAUACUGAAGGACUUCACUUGUGAUACUGUCCUGCCAUAUUUUGACAUCAGUACAUUCACACGAGUUCAGGAUCCAGAUGUUCCAUCAGAGGUCCAACAAGAGGGUGAUAUAAAGUACAAGUAUGAAAUAUAUGAGAAGAUCCGAGCAGUCUCGAGUGUGUUGAAGAUCUGAGCAGUCUAGAGUGCAUGGGAGAAGAUUUGAGCAUGCUACACUGCUACAGUGUGUGGGACCAACAACUAACAUGAUGUGAGCAGUGUUGGUGGCUAUCAUUGUUUUUAUGUUAUCAGUUUUGUUUUUUUUG